CUCCCUCUUAAUUGUAAUGCGCAUGCGUGUGCCACUCGCACAUGCGCAGUCGCUCUCGUGUAAGUGAGUGGCAAAGAUGGCGUGUUCCGCGGCUCGCAGCUCUGCACGCUGGAUCACAGUGGCCGUGUCCUCCAGCCACAGACGGGCCUGUUCAACCUUCAUAUCCAGCGCGGAUGGAGCCUACAGGAGUUUCUCAACGCUGUCAAGCCGGCAGAUCUGGACAGCGCGCGGCGGGGUGGGCGGAGGAGCCGGGAAUGCGGUGACAUUGAGAGGCAUGACAGCCGUGGGUCGAUCUUCUCAUCUCAUGUGCAAGAUGUCGUUCCACACCAGCUCUCCUGCAAGAAAACAGGACUUCUACCAGAUCUUAGGAGUUCCACGGACGGCAACGCAGAAGGAGAUUAAGAAAGCUUAUUACCAGAUGGCAAAGAAAUAUCAUCCAGACACUAACAAAGAAGACCCUCAAGCUAAGGAGAAGUUUGCACAGCUGGCUGAGGCCUACGAGGUGCUCAGUGACGAGGGGAAGAGGAAACAGUAUGACACGUAUGGUUCUGCCGGGUUUAAUGCGGGUCAGGCCGGCGCGGGACAUCAGCAGUACUGGGGCGGAGGGGCCAGCAUUGACCCCGAGGAGCUUUUCCGCAAGAUCUUUGGCGAGUUUUCUGGAGCGCGAGGCUUCGGGGAUUUCAAUGCCAUCUUCGAUCAGCCACAAGAGUAUGUCAUGGAGCUCACGUUCGCUCAAGCUGCCAAAGGAGUGAAUAAGGAGAUCACCGUCAACAUCGAGGGCACAUGUCAGCGCUGUGACGGCCGAGGCCAUGAGCCCGGAUCUAAAGUCCAGCACUGCGGGAACUGCAACGGGACUGGCAUGGAGACGGUGAACACGGGGCCUUUUGUGAUGCGGUCCACCUGCCGACGCUGUGGCGGAAGGGGCUCUGUCGUUACAUCGCCCUGUACAGCAUGUCGAGGAACGGGACAGAACAAACAGAGGAAAACCGUCACGGUGCCCGUUCCUGCUGGAAUUGAAGAUGGGCAGACGGUCCGAAUGCCUGUGGGGAAGAAAGAGAUCUUUAUUACGUUCAGAGUCCAGAAGAGUCCGAUCUUCAGGAGAGAUGGCGCUGACAUCCACUCUGACGUUAUGAUCUCUGUGGCUCAGGCCAUAUUGGGUGGCACGGUCAGAGCGCAAGGACUGUACGAGACCGUCAAUCUCUCGAUCCCAGCUGGAAUCCAGACUGACCAGAGGAUCCGGCUCUCUGGUAAAGGUAUACCGCGAGUUAGCGGCUAUGGUUACGGUGACCACUACGUCCAUGUCAAGAUCAAAGUCCCCAAGAUGUUGACAGACCGACAACGAGCCCUUAUGAUGAGCUACGCAGAGGACGAGACUGAUGUGGAGGGAACCGUCAAUGGCGUGACCAGCACCACUGCAGGAGGGGGCGGUAAUCAGACUGGGACAGGGCACAAACAGAAAGACGAGGGCUUUUUCUCCAAAUUAAAGAAAAUGUUUAGCUCCUCCUGACAGCCACAAAGCAGGUAAAAGAUCCACUGGAAAUUGAGAGACUUGGUCUUGCUAGUGGGGAUUCAGAUUGACUGUAAAACCUGAUGGACAUACAAGAGAAGGAGAUGUUGUUGGACACAUGCAGCAUUGAAUUCAUCUUGAACCCUCCUCAGAAACUACACAUAAUGGAGACGAUGAAUAGCUCUGGAUCUAUCAAUGACUUCUAAGAGAAGAUCCCUCCAGAUCCCAGAGGAGUAUGAUAUGCGCACAUGUACCGUUCUUACCCGAAACAUUGUGAUAUCAGCCUUAGCACCAACGCGAACGAUAGAUCUUUUCUUUGGUCUGUAAUUUUACAUUAAGGUUUUACAUAGUCAGUUCUUUCCUUUUCUGAUAUUCUCAAAUAAAGUGAUUCACAAACAGAUAGGAACUCUUUACUUCAGUAAUAAUGAACAUUUCAGAUUAAUCAAGUCCACUGUUCAAGAUCUUUGUGCUGUUUAUCACUGAAUGUUACAUCCAUCUGCUUCAUUUGCAGUGUACAUAGACCACUGUUAAUAUUAAAAUCAUUUUAAUGUGUUAUUGUAGAGAUAAAUAUGCAAUUAUUAAUAAAAUCUCUGUGUAACAUGUAAA